AUGGUCGCAUUCAUCCUCCCCAAAGUCUCUCCGAGCGUCGAGGUGACGAUCCCAGCGAACAUCACCCAAGAGCAACUGCUUGCAUUUCGUCCUUUCAAAGAGUGGCUUGCGACACUGCAAAAAUCCAUCAAGGUGCAAAAAUCCGAAGCCAUGCAUGCCUUUUACGACAAGAAGGACCCUUAUCAAUUACGCUCGAUUAAUGUCCAUUCAGUCGAGUGGUUCGGGCCUCGCAUCGGCUUCAUCUUGAUGGAAACUGUGGUGCAGAAUGCCGCCGACCCGCGGCCAUUACCCGGCAUCGUCUUCUUACGCGGUGGCAGUGUCGCGAUCCUUAUGAUCGUCCGCCCGGAAGGGGACAGCGACGAGAGAUUUGUCGUCAUGACUCAACAACCGCGGAUACCAGCUGGGAGCCUCACUUUCUAUGAGAUUCCGGCAGGGAUGAUUGACGAGUCAGGUACAUUUGUUGGCGCAGCAGCGAACGAGAUCCGCGAGGAGACCGGCUGGAAAGUCCCACAGGGCGAGCUCGUCGACAUGACGGAGAUGGCUUUGAGGAACUCCACGGGUAUUGAAAGCCACCUGCAAAAGGCAAUGUAUCCCAGCCCUGGAGGGUGUGACGAAUUCAUCGCCCUGUUUUUGUGGGAGAGGACCAUGUCUCGCAAGGAGCUUGCCGAGCUGAGAGGCAGAUUAACCGGAAAUCCCAAAGAAAGAGAGAAAAUCAAGGUGAAACUGGUCGAGUACAAGGAGCUGUGGAGGGAAGGAGCGAGGGAUGCAAAGACACUGGGAGCCUGGGCACUGUAUGAGGGUUUGACCAGGGACGGGAUUUUGACGUGA